GAACCAACUCAAGCACUGAAGGACCAUUUCUACAAACUAAUUAGGAAAAACAUCCGAACAUUAUUCAAAAUGCGGAUAUCACAGGAAAGGAUUUGGUACAUCGCGGAUAUGGAUGGAUCUGGUUUUUCUAUCCAAGCCAUUCGUAAAAAUGAACUGUUACGGAAUUUGUGA